AUGAAGGACAGGAUUGGACACAAGAAUGAGAAUAGAGAACAGUUGGAACAAAAGCGAAUGACGUGUAAAUUCUGCGAGCGAAUGUUGGAAAACGCUAAACAGUACGCAGUGACGGCAAAAUCAGACAUCACCUCAUUCGCCAACAACGCUUGUGCGCAAAUGCAAAAGGGACGGACACAGGAUCAAUGCUACGAGUUGGCCGAUAAGAAAAUCGACGAGUUGGCGAAAUUCGUCGAUCAUCAAGUGAUCGAGGCGCUUUGGUGUGCGGAAUUGAAUCAUUGC